AUGGACUCGGACAGCUCACCCGAGGAGCGAGAGGAGGCAUGGCCACAGCAGCAUAGGGGCACCGGCGUGAACAAAGAGCAGAGGCGAGAAUCGCCAGAAAGCUCCGGCUCGCCACCUAGCUUCCACUAUCCCAGCAGCUCAAGCGACGAGGAUGCUGCUCCCUUCGUCCCCGAGGAGCCGGUCUCUGAUGGCAGCGUCUACGAGCCCUCGGACAAGUCGUCAGAAGGCCAGCCAGAAGCCGAACCAGAUGAAUUUGCUCCGCCGGACGCCGAAGACGAUCUGCUUCUCCGUCUCUCCCCCCGCAAGCGCCUCGCCUCAGAUAGCCUCCCCCGGCACCCUCCACCCCUCAAGCGGCAGAGAGGCGCCUUCAACCGCGCCUACCUCGCCCUGCUGAACAGCGACAUCGAAGACGCCGCAAACCACUACGUCGCCGCUCCUUCUUCUACUUCUGCUUCUGCCGCGCCUGGGCCACCCACGGCGGCGGCUCUCGCCGCCACUCCCGUCAGCGACCUGCCGCCCUCGCAGCUCGGCCUCGCCUACUGGACCGCCGCCGAGAAGGAGACCUUCUUCGAGGCCCUCGCGCGCCUGGGCCGCGACGACAGCCCCGGCAUCGCGCGCCGCGUGCGCACAAAGGGCGAGCUCGAGGUCCGGCAGUACCUGGCGCUCCUCAACGGCGCGGUCGCGGCCCGCCGCGCGGCCGGCGAGCUCGACCGCCUCGUCAUGGCCGACCUGCCCGCCGCCGCCGAGCUCAGCGCCGAGUGCUGCCGCGCGCUCGACGAGGCCGCCGACGCCCUGGCCCUGCGGCAGGAGGCCUACGAGGAAGGCCUGGAGCGGCAGAAGUGGGUCGGCCGGGGCGCCGACUGGCUCGUCACGCCCGCCAACUGCCGCGACUUCGACGACCGAGGCGCCUUUUCGACUACCAGGCAGGGGAGCGGCGGGGGAGGGGCCGGCCUGCGGUCGGCCGAAUUGUUUCGCGUGGAGAGCUGGCUGGCUCUGUCGGAUCGCAUUUUCAUGAAUGCCAACUACGACGAAGGGAACUGGCAGAGCGUCGCGGGCGAGCCGCCCUCGAUCCGGACCACGGCGCUCGAGGACUUUUACACGCUCGCCCUGUCCGUCACCAGGCGUCUCAUGUCGGCGGCCAUAUACAUCAGCAUGGCGCGCAUACGGUCUAAGAAAUCCGCUAUGCCGUGGACCCGCGAUCUCGUGCGCAAGAAGGACGUCGAGGCGGCGGCGCUCUCUCUGGGGCUCAAGACAGACUCUAAGGAGUUCUGGGCUGGGUGCGCCCGGCGUCUCAGGCUCGACGUCUACGAUGACGCAGCACCCACGCCCGACGACGAGGAUGCGCGGGCCCCGGAGCCAAUGUCGUACGCACAAGUCGAAAAAGCCCUCACAACAGUCGACCAACCGACCGAGACUCCCCAAUCCAAGGAAGAUGACAUCGACAAAGAAUCGUCGGACGCAGACCUGGACUCUCUCGGCUCUUCCCUCGAUCUCGAGACCCUCAUCAAGGAGGAAUCGAGGGCCACCGAUACCGAAGGCGAGCACAGCGCGGCCGGCGAAGACCCGGUGGACAUAAGCAUCCGUCUAGAAGCGCAGGAGGUGACCGAGUUCUCGGCCCUCGGCUACCCAGACACCCACAAGGCCCGCCGCGCCCUGGAGUCCCGCAUCAUCGCCGAGCGAGAGCAAGAAGACUACGCCGACACCCUGGACCGCCACUUGAGCCAUGGCGAGGAGAAACGCCUCUGGUCUCUCCUCGGCCGUCAGCCGGCACAUUUGCCGGCAAAAGUAGAAGAUCUGACUCGGCCCGUGUCGAGAGCAGCAGUUGAUGACAUACAUCCUGCAGGGGCAGGCUGGAGGCAGCAUUUAGAAUAUAUCAGUGAAUGGGAAGGCAUGCUUGAUGGGCCAAAACAGCGAGACAGGCGUUGGAGUUAA